GUUAAGUUGGACUUAGCGAGUGCGAGCCGCGAGGGCAUUGCAGUGCAGAGUUCAGUGGCGCAAGGGGUUGCAGGAUGGCUGGAUUCUCAUUCUCCUUCCACUGGGGUUAUCUCAGCAGGAAAGCUUUCUCCGACCCCAUGAAGAGAUUACUGCAAGGCAGCCAGCUUGGCUUGUGCUUGGUGAGACAAAGAAGUGCAGCAGCAGCAGCCUUGAAAGAUAUUCUAAAUACUGAACUGACCAGCAUCAAAGAAGCAGGAACAUGGAAAGCUGAGCGUAUUAUCACCACCAAGCAGGGUGUGGAAGUUGGAGUGCAGGGACAAACCAAGAAGAUGCUCAACUUUUGUGCUAAUAAUUAUCUUGGCCUUUCUAGCCAUCCUGAUGUGAUCAAAGCAGGCAAAGAUGCCCUGGAUGAAUAUGGUGCAGGGCUGAGCUCAGUUCGAUUCAUCUGUGGGACACAGAACAUUCAUAAGAACCUGGAGAAGAAAAUAGCAAAAUUCCAUGGAAGAGAAGAUAGCAUUCUAUAUGCCAGCUGCUUUGAUGCAAAUGCAGGAUUGUUUGAAGUGCUUCUCUCUCCAGAGGAUGCAGUAUUCUCUGAUGAGCUCAAUCAUGCAUCCAUAAUUGAUGGAGUAAGAUUGUGCAAAGCCAAGCGUUACCGUUACAAGCACAGAAAUAUGAAGGAUCUGGAAGAACAAUUAAAGGCAGCUGAUGCAGCUGGUGUGAGAGUGAAACUGAUAGCCAGUGAUGGAGUAUUCAGCAUGGAUGGCUCAGUUGCUCCUUUGCCAGGCAUUGUGGCAUUGGCUGAGAAAUAUGGGGCAUUAACUUUCAUUGAUGAAUGCCAUGCUACAGGAUUUUUUGGUCCUUCUGGCAGGGGCACAGAGGAGUACUAUGGCUUGCAGGGAAAAGUGGACAUAAUAAAUUCAACUCUGGGUAAGGCUUUGGGUGGAGCUGCUGGAGGAUACACAACUGCUUCUGCACAAUUGGUCGAACUUCUCAGGCAGCGUUCUCGACCUUAUCUCUUUUCCAACUCACUCCCCCCUCCAGUUGUGGCUUGUGCUGACAAGGUUCUUGACAUGCUGAUGGAAAGCAAUGCCUUUGCUGAACGAGUUCAUACAAACACUGUGCAUUUUCGGGAGAAAAUGAAAAAAGCAGGUUUCAACAUCCUGGGUGACAACCAUCCUAUUUGUCCAGUAAUGCUAGGGGAUGCUCGUCUUGCAGGAAACUUUGCAAAUGAAAUGCUUGAUUUAGGUAUCUAUGUGAUUGGGUUCAGCUACCCAGUGGUACCCCAGGGCAAGGCACGCAUCCGUGUUCAAAUCUCAGGUGCACACUCUCCACAAGAUAUUGAUCGUACUGUGGAUGCCUUCAUUCAAGUGGGGAAGAAGUUGAAAGUGAUUUCAUAACUCCAUUUACUCCUGAUUCAGUUAUCCAGGAUUUGUGUUGGGGCCACAGAGUGCUGACUUGAAUGGCACAAGUGUUGGGUGGCAACUCUUUUCAUGAGAAAUGUAGGAUGCCAUAUUCCACAGAACACAAUCAGAGAAGAGUUACCAGGUGCAGUGAAUGAUUCUUCCACUGUCUGUUGUGUGUGCAUGCUUGUCACGUCUUAUCAGUUGCUGGAAAAGAUCAGAUUUUUUUUCAAUUUGAGGAAGGAAACAUUAGUACCUUCUUGAAUGGUCAC